AUGGCGAUCGUUGUGACUGUUCCAACCGUUCUCCUAACAAGACCAACAGCGCAGUCCACAACUAUUGCCGAGCCCAAUACCUCAUCUGCCAUACCAUCGACGGUGAUUGUCACUUCGACCCUCGAAGCAACAACAACCAAUACCACUUCGACCGUCGAAACAACAACAACCAAUACCACUUCGACUGUCGAAACAACAACAGCCAAUACCACUUCGACCGUCGAAACAACAACAGCCAAUACCACUUCGACCGUCGAAACAACAACAGCCAAUACCACUUCGACCGUCGAAACAACAACAGCCAAUACCACUUCGACUGUCGAAACAACAACAGCCGAUACCACUUCGACAGUUACUUCUACAAUAACAGAGACGGCGGGUCUUUUAAAAGUUCCGGGUUAUUUUAUCCAUGUGGUAGAAGGUGGAACAAUGAUCUUCUAUAUAAGAUAA